AGUCUUCUCACGACAUGAUGGAGUCUACGCAAGACAUUACUCAGAUCAACCGAUCCUUAAAUGAUAUUAAAUAUGAUACUUCAAUAAGUAAUACGCGUGAACAAUUGAAUGCUAUUCAGUCUAGGCUUAUAGACUUUAAUAGUUCACUUAUAAGUACACUAAAUCAUCUACCUAGUUUUGAACAAGGACAAUUAAAGAUCAAAUUCGAUGUUCUAUUUAAGAGUAUAGAAUUGAAACAGAUACAAUUGAGUCAGAAUAGAUUUUCAUUUAUCGGUGAUCCAAUACCUCCACCCAGUGGAGUUAAGAACCAACAUAAUAAAAAAAUCAGUACCAUAACGAAUACUACUAUUUCAAAUAAUGAUAAUGAAUUAUUACUUAAAGAUAUUAAGGAUCAAUAUAUAGAUCUAGAUGGUAAAGGAUCAAAUGAUAGUCAUUUACUUGUGGUUAAUAGUAGUGUAUGCACUAUAAAAAAUCAGAAUAAUAUACCGUCCUCUGUUCAUAUAAAGGAUGCAACGGAUAUGUUCAUUCUGCUUAAAGUAGAUGGACCCAUAAUGAUUCAUAAUCUUAAGAAUUCAAUUCUAAUUUUAGAAUGUAAACAAUUAAGACUCCAUGAUUUAGAUAAUUGUAUAAUAAUUAUUGAACAUGUCACUAAUGAUCAAAUAGUAAUAGAGAAUUGUCAUAAAAUAUUUGUAACUGAAAAUAAAGUCUCAAAAAUAGAUACGAUUAAAGUUAAUGAUUUCAGUUGGCCUAAUAAAUUAUACAAAAAUCCUAAUUUUGAAUAUAUAGACACAUUAACUAGGACGGAUAUACUAAAGAAAUUGAAAAAUCUAGAUCCACUUAAACCAAAUUUUAUGCCGAGUCAAGAUAACAUAGAUAUCCCUAUUAAUUUUAAACAGGAUUUAGACAAUAUUAUACAAAGUGCGUAUAAUUGAAUUAUAUUAAAAUAUCCCGCGCAUCUCCUAAUUAGUGUGAAUAAGAAAUCCGUCAUCAUAGUAGUUGGGCCGAGAUAGAUUUCCUAAAAAUAUAAAGAUUACUAUGUAACAUACAUAAACACAAACACAAUCUCCAUUUACCUUAGCGGAAACUUGCUCCGAACCAUUGCCUCCUCACUGAUUCGAUGUUGUAGUACAAUACUGAGACACUUGAAUUUCCUAUAUAAGCUUUUCCGAUACUUUGUAUUUUUUUACGUUAUGUGCCGAACAAAAUGUUAGUGUACCCCACAUUUCAUAUUACCGACCAUACUAACGUAAGAGGGAAAUAUCCGUUAAGCUUAAGUAUGUCACCCCCACCGCGAUUUCAUUUCCUUAUAAGAUGUAGUUAUGUCAAACUUGUAUAUAUUAGUUAGAAUCAGCUCUUGGCUUAAAAUAUAUAAAAUAUAUGAAAUAUUUUCA